CAAGCCGAUCAGCUGAUGUAAAAGCAACAACAUCUACGAGGUCUGAUGAAAAACAUCUCAGUUUAGUUACUUGUUGUAUGUGUGCCAGUGGAUGUUUUGUUAGUUAACGUCCGAUUUAAGUGUAUGUUGAAGUAGCGACCUAGGCGUCGUUGAUCCGACCAAUAUCCGCAGCCGGGACAGUGAACUAAAGGGAAAGGUUGCGCGUUUCUUUGUGUGUAGAUGACUGAGUAUUUGCUGAGUGAGUUUCUUAUAGCGUAUUAUAGAGCGUUGUGACGAAGGUCUCUUUAUUCGGCAACGUUGCUAUGUCGUCAUAAUGAUAAUGUGAAAAUGCAGGUCGGUUAGUAUGAGUUAACAAACUGUCAGUCAAAACAAAGAAAAACACGGAUCUGGGCAUAUUUUCCAGAACUACUGCCUUUGGUAUAUACUAGGAGAUAUUUUAGUGGCAGAGCCUUUUAGUGGACUUUUUAAAACUAUACAGUGUUUUAGAAAUAUGAGCAAAAAAACUAUAACGUGUAUAAAGUGUUCACCAUUCCCUUAUCUGCCAUGACCCUCUGUCUUCUACCUGAACUAAUUUUGCAAUCCCAGAUCUUCUCAGCAUAGCGUUGAGUCUAGUGGCCUCAAAACCAGGGGUUGUGUCCUGGCCUGUCAGGGUUAAAAUGAGUGCUCAAAGUUCAGCUGUAGAUAAAGGUAUGAACACAAUCCUUGUGUGUCAGGAGAGCUACGCCUGUGGAGGUUCUGAUGAGGCUGCAUUCGAAUGUGAUGAAUGUGGCAGCCUACAGUGUGGUCGCUGUGAACUGGAGCUCCAUCGACAGGAGCGGAUGAGGAACCACGACCGGGUUCGGAUUGCACCUGGACACAUUCCUUUUUGUGACUCCUGCAAAGGCGAUAGCAGCUGCCCUGCGGUGAGCGGCGGAAGGCUACGAGCUGUCGUUCGCUGCCAAGGUUGUAAAAUCAACCUCUGUUUGGACUGCCAGAAACGUACACACAGUGGAGUCAACAAGAAGAAGCAUCCACUUACAAGUUACCCUCCAGUCAGGGAUGCCCAGGAGAGCAUUAUGGCAGCUGGUGACUCACAGAUGGAGAUCCUGAAGGCCAAGUUGGAAAUGGUGAGAAGCUUCCUGUUGGUAGAUGAGAAGGAGGACAUGCAGGUGAAGGAUGAGAAGGACUUUGUCAGUAGACUGGGCUGUGGACCAGAUGAGCUCCUUAAGGUCGUCUCUAUCUUUGGGAACACCGGGGAGGGGAAGUCCCACACCCUGAACCAUACAUUUUUUCUUGGAAGAGAAGUUUUCAAGACAUCACCCACUCAGGAUUCUUGCACUGUGGGCGUUUGGGCAGCUAUGGACCCUGUGCACAGUGUUGUCAUCAUUGACACAGAGGGACUACUUGGGGCUGGAGUCAAUCAGGGACAGAGAACCAGACUGCUACUCAAAGUCCUGGCCAUUUCUGAUGUGAUUAUCUACAGGACUCAUGCUGAUCGUCUCCAUGAUGAUCUCUUUAAGUUUCUUGGUGAUGCAUCUGAAGCCUACCUGAAACAUUUUAGCAGAGAGCUCAAGGCAACUACCAAUCGCUGUGGCCUGGAUGUCCCUUUAUCCACUCUGGGCCCUGCCGUAAUAAUCUUUCAUGAGACUGUUCACACUAAACUGUUAGGAGCAGACAAGCCAUCAGAGUCAGCUGAGCGUUUGCUCCAGGAUCGCUUUAGAAAGUUGGGUCUGCUUCCAGAAGCUUUCAGCUCCAUUCAGUAUCGAGGAACUCGGACUUACAACCCUCCCACAGACUUCAGUGGUUUGUUACGCAGCUUGGAGCAACAGCUGGACAACAACACCACUCGCUCGCCGCGCUCUGCCGGUGUCAUCUACAAGGCUCUGCAGGCCCUGAGUGAGCGAUUCAGUGGAGAUAUUCAGGAUGAGCACUUUACCAGUAACUCCUUCUUUCCAGAUGAGUACUUCACCUGCUCUUGUAUCUGCCUGAGCUGUGGCUCUGGCUGUAAGAGAAGCAUGAAUCACCUGAAGGAAGGACUUGACCACGAAGCAAAACACCGCUGCCGCUACUCUGCACAGUACGACAAUCGCAUCUACACCUGCAAGGCCUGUUACGAGGUGGGGAAAGAGGUAAUCGUCGUUCCCAAAACGACAGCCUCCUCUGACUCACCGUGGUUUGGCCUUGCCAUCUACGCCUGGUCUGGGUAUGUCAUUGAGUGUCCCAACUGUUCAGUGAUCUACAGAAGCAGACAGUACUGGUAUGGCAACCAGGAUCCAGUAGAAACAGUGGUCAGAACUGAGAUUCAGCACAUCUGGCCCGGGUCGGAUGGCUUUCUUAAAGACAACCACAAUGCUGCUCAGAGGUUGCUGGAUGGAGUGAAAUACAUUUCUCAGUCAGUGUCUGAUCUUAGCGUCAAACCUGCCAAAGCUGUCACCUCAUGGCUCACAGACCAGAUUGCUCCUGCCUACUGGAAACCCAACUCUCUUAUUCUGAAAUGCCAUAAAUGUGCAGAAGAGUUUCAGCCCAAUGACACUAAGCACCACUGCCGUGCGUGUGGUGAAGGUUUCUGUGAUGCCUGCUCUUCCAAAACCAGACCAGUUCCAGAGAGGGGCUGGGGCCUCGCACCAGUCCGGGUCUGUGAUGCAUGUUUCCAAAACAGGGGAAUUCCGACAGAGUUGCUGGAUGCUGCCUUGGAAGACGAAGGAGGAACACUGCUAGCCAGGAAAGUUGGAGAAGCUGUUCAGAGCACGUUUGGUGCUGUAGUCGGUGCUAUUGAUAUACCGCUGGGCCUGGUGAAAGAUGCAGCUCGUCCAGCGUACUGGGUCCCAGACCAGGAAAUUAACUCCUGCUGUGAAUGUCAGAGGGAGUUCAACCCGCGCCUCUCCAUCCACCACUGUCGUGCCUGCGGCCAGGGCGUUUGUGAUGACUGCUCCCAGGAUCGGCGUUCCGUGCCCUCCCGUGGCUGGGAUCAUCCAGUGAGGGUCUGUAACAGUUGCAAACAGAAACCAGGGGAUCUCUAGCAGUAUUCACAGUAAAAAACAGUUAAGGAGGCCCACUUCUAUGACAACUGGAAUUAUCAUUGUAACAUUUAGAGGCUUUUCCAGGCUGCUGCCUGUCUUUUUUCAGGUUGGACUUGGUUUUUUUUAUGCUGUCCUGGUUGUCUUUUAGUCUCUCAAUACUUCGUUUUACAACAACGCACUAAACAAUGCCUAUUUUGGACACUGUGAAAACGCCAGUAAGAGGGACACUUAAAUAUAUACAGAUAUGAAUAUACAGCAGAGAGAUUAAGAAAGGGAGGAAUAUUACACACCAUAUACUAACUCACGUUUCAAUUCAGGUAAAUAUCUGUGUCCCUUUAGACCCUUUUACAUUAAUAGUGAGUAAUAGUGAUGUAUAUGAUAAAAACCCUUUACUCCUAACAACUUUUAAUGUGUGAUAUGAUAUGCUAUUAACUGUAGCACCGUUGUGGACUGGGCAUACACUUUAUGAAACCUAUGAACUUAAGUACAACGUUCCUGCAGAAGCUGACGUCACAGUUGCAGCUAAAAGAAAUAAGGGAACAAGUCAAAUUGUAUUGUAGUUGUCCUGACUCCAGCCCUAUUAGCUUUAGCCUUAAUAGCAAUCCUUUACAAACCAGAGUCCUUCAUGUGAUGUAGAAUCUAAAGGCAUUCCGCCAUAUGUACUUAGUAACCAUAACUGAUGUAAUCACUUUGGAUGUGGUGGCUGUUACAUUUAAAUGGACAAAUGCCAUAAUGAGUGACUGGUUAAAUAUAUUUUACAGAGAAAAGGAAAGGUUUACACGGCAAUAUUUUUUAAAAUGCUUUCAAACGCUGUGUUUCUUUCUUUUAAAAAUAUCUCAUUAUAUUGAUUGUAGUUAAAUAAUAUGCAAACCACACAGAGGUUCACGGUUAACAUGAUGCUUAGGAAAAGAAAAUGCACUUCCAUUAAUCCUUUGAGGCUGGCCCCUCAAAUCCAAAAAUAUUAAUAAUUACUAAAAAAACGAUAAGCUUUUAUUCUGUUGCAGCACACUUUCAAAACAGUUGAUAAAACUAUGAAAAACAUCUGUAAUUUGGUUAUGAACAUAAUGUGACAUAAUCUAAUCAGUAUAAAAGAAAUGCAUAAACAAAACCUACAACACUCCAGUAGGUGGGAAUGUGCUAAGUUUACCCAUUAGUCACAUCCCUUUCUCUACACUUACACAACAAUAAUAAUAAGUUUAAAUUUAACAGGUCUGGAUGCUGUUGUUUAAUUGUCCACUUUAUAAUGUGAGAUGAUAAGAUUUAAGACAUUUUACAUAGUGCACCCCGUAACAGAACUGUCACCGUAUUAAUCUAAUGAAAUAUGAAGUGGUUUCAAUCUACCCAAAGGGUUACUUACCGAGUGGGAAAUCUGGGCCUGCUUAGUUGAUACAGAUAUACUCAGGAAUUGACGAGACACAGGGAGAUCUUCAACAGCCAAAUCUCUUUGUUUUAGUUUAAAUAGCCAUCUGCUGCCACCUAAUGGUGGAAUAUUAGUUACUCUUCCUGUUACUGUGGCACAGACAAAGACAAAUUAUUUAAAUACGUCGUCAGAACAAUUAAAUGAAAUGGAAUGUAUUUUACAGAACAACAAUGUGGUUGGGUCAAGCACAUUAAUUAGGAGUUUCUGCGAUUUUGCAAUACUUACUCCAAUACUCCUGAAAAUGGCCACACCAAUAACCUCUUUGUUGCUUUAGCUUUUCAACUAUCCUGUUUUAAGAACAGUAUCUUUAAAUUGACAGAUGAUUCUUUAGUGAAAUUCUGUUCAGUAGUGAGCCACACCUAGACUUUGUUCAAACUAUUUUUGAGUGCCGCUUUAACAUGGUUUAAAAAUUAUAGGAAAAAAAAACAAAUAUAUUUACGGCUGGAUUACCUACAUAUUUCUUUCUUCAUUGGAAGUAACUUUUCUGAAAGCAAAGCUACUAAGCUUCAUUCAAGUGUUUUGAUUGAUUUAAUGGUAAAAGGAAGUUUUGUUUUUUUGUUAACUAAGAUAUUGGCUUAAAAUAAUGUGAUAAUACAAUCAGGUCUUGCUCACAUUGUUCUUUAAAUCAGCUCCAACUCACUUUAUUAAUUUCUAAUUUUUAAACAUAUUGAGUGGAUAUUGCAUUCAUGCACUGUGUCUAAUGACUCAACAGUAAAAAAAAAAUAUAAACAUUCUAUUCAAAUUGUGAUCAGAGACACUCUGGGAUAAAUAGUCAAUUAUGUCUUAAGCAGGUACACUUCAAAUGUAAUCAUAUGCAAUAUGUUAUGGUAGCAACUAUAUGCAAUGCACAGCACUUCCAUUUUGUUUAAAAUAAAACAAAUAAAAAAGUCCCAUGAGAAUUCAA